AUGGAGGAGCUUAGGCUUGGCGGCGGCGGCGGCGGAAAGCCGCCGAUCCCGUCGCCGGCGAGGAAGCCGGUGCUCUCACGGCACGCCUCCUUUGCGAGGGGUCCUUUGAACAAUACAAAGUCUGAAACUGAGAGAAUCUUUGAAAGGGUGGAUGGUGAAUUUAUCCCAGUUGUACGGUCUGGAGGCUGGGCUGAUAUUGGGUCAAGGAGCACAAUGGAGGAUGCCUACAUCUGUUGUGACAACUUCUUGCAAGAUUUUGGACCCGAAAGCUGUGAAGAAGGGCCCAGCUCAUUUUAUGGGGUUUUUGAUGGACAUGGUGGAAAACACGCUGCGGACUUUGUGUGCAGCAAUUUGCCAAGGUUCAUCGUUGAGGGUGAUGGUUUUCCGGGGGAGAUAGAGAAAGCUGUCUCCUCAGCAUUCUUACAGACUGAUGCUGCUUUUGCAGAUGCUUGCUCUGUGAAUUCUUCUCUUGCAUCCGGCACGACUGCACUUGCUGCACUCAUCAUUGGAAGGUCACUUCUGGUGGCAAAUGCUGGUGAUUGUAGAGCAGUGUUAUGUUGCCGUGGAAAGGCAAUUGAGAUGUCCAGGGACCACAAGCCAUCUUGCGAUAGAGAGAAGAUGCGCAUUGAAGCCUCGGGUGGUUAUGUUGACGAUGGAUACCUGAAUGGGUUGCUCAAUGUUGCUAGAGCAAUUGGGGACUGGCACAUGGAAGGACUGAAAGCUUGUGAUGGUCUUGGGCCUCUUAGUGCGGAGCCUGAGGUGAUGAUGAGGAAUCUUACUGAGGAUGAUGAAUUCAUGAUCAUCGGUUGUGACGGUAUCUGGGAUGUAUUCCGCAGCCAAAAUGCGGUAGAUUUUGCGCGACGGAGGCUCCAAGAGCACAACGACCCUGCUGCUUGCUGUAAAGACUUAGUUGACGAGGCCAUCAAGCGGAAGAGCGGCGAUAACCUUUCUGUAGUUGUUGUCUGCUUCAACUCUAGGGCGCCUCCUGCCCUUACAGUUCCCAGGCCUCGGGUUCAGAGAAGUAUAUCUGCAGAAGGCUUGAAGGAGCUGCAGGGCUUCCUUGAUAGCCUGGCAGAGGCAAACUGACUGUACUGACAGAUGUGUGGGUUUAUAAGCCCCGCGACACUGUAACAGUCCCAUUUUUCCGUAGCCUAGCUUGGAAGUUAGGUUUAGUAUGUCCUAUCUCAUAACUUGAGAUAGUUGUUGUUGAGUAAUACAACAUUGUAAAAUAUUCGGCGGCUAAUUUUAUCUGUACUUGGAAGUAUUACUUGCUAGUUUCAGGCCUUGCUCUAGAUUCCUCAAAUCUGGAAUGAUAAAUUGAUAAUAGAGAUUCCGUA